AUGCAGGUUUCUUCAGCUUUUCUUGCCGUCUUGGUGGCCUGUUCUGCCGGUGUUUCUGCGCUCCCGUGGGUCUUCCGUGCUUCUAGGCUUGCUGUUUGUCAACAACCGCUCACGGCGGUUGAUCGGAACUUGUCCUUGUUGCUAAUUCUUGAUGUCCUGGAACGUAGGCAAGCCAUAACGAGAAAAGCCACUGACUUCGGAACCUACUUUUGCCAGACUCGCACCGACGCCGGCAGCAAAAUUGUGGCCAACAACAACUUUUGCAAGGCAGCUGGCGGAGCAGUUUUGGCUUCGGAGGGUUUCUGCUGCAUCCGAAACAACAAUUUCAAGGUUCCCCAGGCCAUGGUGAAGGGCUGCAACGACAACAAGCUGGUCUUCAGCCAGAAUGACACUCCUUGCUCGCCUUAA